AUGGGAAAUUAUUGUAUUACGGAAUGGAAAAUUGAAGAAGAUAAUGAAGUUGUUGAAAUAUCAAGUAUUUAAGCUAGUAAUUUAAAUAAAAUAUUUUCAUAAAAAUAUAAAAUGGAAGCUGAUGAAGACUGCCUUUAAGACUUAAUUGAUUAAAUUGAACCUGGUUUAAGUGUUUAAUUUGAAAUCAGUAAAAAAAGAAAUCUGCACGGCAUAAAUUUUGAGUCAGCAACUAAAUAAAAAGAUAACAAUUUAAAAUAACAUAAAUCAUCACUCAAAUAAAUAUCUCAUCAUAGUUCUCUUUAGAGAGAGCAUAGUAGUAAAACAGUUCGAUGGGACAGCUAAUUUUAUUCAUCUGAUUCUCUUAAAUAAUGA